AUGAACUAUUUGAAACGACGUUUCUCUUCAGGAGACCUGCAGAAUGAACAGGAUGACAGUGUAAUGACAAUACCAACAUCGAACGAGCCCAAUAUGGACAUAAUAUCGCAAAGCAAUGCUAAUCGUCAACCAGCUUGGGAAUCAAAAUCCUCAAAGUAUACCAGUGCACCUAGUUCUCCAACUCGCAGUUUUUCGUUUGCUAAUCAAUUUAUGAACGCUGCACGUGGUGUAGUUAAUCAAGCAAUUCAACAGAUUCCACAUCAACCAACAGGAACAGGAUUAGCAUCGUCAUCAUCAUCAUCAUCCGCCGUUCAUGCCUAUCCUCAUCCUCAUCCUCCUUCUCAUCACCAUCACCAUCAUCAUUCUCUAUCAAUGCAAAAUAAAGAUCAACAGCCAAUAUCAAAAGAAAAAUUCAAAUUAUUAUUAGUUGUUGAUGAUCAUCAUACAGAUUGGAGUAAAUAUUUUAAAGGCAAAAAGAUUUUUGCUGAUUAUGAUAUUCGUAUUGAACAGGCUGAAUUUAAAGAUAUUAAUUUGGCUGCUUAUUCUGAUGCUGGUACUUUAGUAGAUAUAAAUAUUUAUCGAAAUGGGACGCGUGUCGUUCGAUCAUUUCGGCCUGAUUUCGUACUCGUUCGGCAAUAUAUCAAAGAUAUUAAUAUCGAUUGGACAAAUCUUAUUCUUGGAAUGCAAUAUGGAGGUUUACCUGGUGUUAAUUCAAUGAAAGCAUUGUACAAUUUUCGAGAUAAACCAUGGAUUUUUGCUGAAUUACUUAAUAUUCAACGACGUUUAGGUGUAGAUCAAUUUCCACUGAUAAGUCAAGCCUAUUAUCCAAAUCACCGAGAAAUGCUUAUUGCACCUCAAUUUCCAUGUGUAGUCAAAGUUGGGCAAGCUCAUCAAGGUUUAGGAAAAAUAAGAGUUGAAAAUCCAUAUGAUUUUCAAGAUUUAACAAGUGUUGUUGCAAUAAGUAAUUGUUACUCAACAAUUGAACCAUACAUUGAUGGACGUUGUGAUGUUUAUAUACAAAAAAUUGGACAAUAUUAUAAAGCUUUUAUUCGAAAAUCAUUAACUGGUAAUUGGAAAGCUAAUACAGGUUCAGCAAUGCUUGAACAAAUUGAAAUGACGGAUAGAUAUCGUUUAUGGGUUGAUGAAGUCAGUCAAUUGUUUGGUGGCCUUGAUAUAUGUGCUAUUGAAAUAGUUCAAUCAAAAGAUGGAAAAGAAUAUAUUGUACAGGUUAAUGAUUGUUGUAUGCAAUUAUUAGGUGAAUCACAAGAAGAAGAUCGUCGAUGUAUUUCUGAACUUGUACUACACAAAAUGCAAAUCUAUUGUCGACCUGAUAAACAACCAACUAUGAUGACACGAGUACCAAGUGUUGAACAGUCUAUUCACGAAUUACCAAAAAUAGCCAAAGCUCCAUCACCAACUAGUGAUCCCAUUUCACAUUCGUCAACAAAUACACAUAGUAUAUCACCACCACCGCCACCACCUCCAUCAACAGCAAAUAUCUCUCUAAACAAUCGUCGAGAACUACCAAAUGUUCCACGCAAUCCACCAAAUGUUGAUAAUCAGCCAUCGUCGACUAUUAGUCAAAAUCCAUUUUAUAAUUCUUCAACGACUAAUAAUCCAACAAAUAGUAAUAAUGCAUCACGUUCUUCGACACCAGCACAAUGGAUGGGAAAUAUUGGACAUACACUUCGCAAACAAACAUCAAAUAGUGGAGAAACGGCUAAUAAAGAUGAAUCCGAAGAUACACUUGCAAAUUUAAAGAAAACAUUUGCUGGCAUUUUCGGCGAUAUGUAA